AUGGCCAUGCGGAUUUUCUUCUCAUCCGAAUCGGCCCCUCUAGCAUAUGACAAAGGUACCGGCAGCGUCCAACAUGGUGACGUCAUCGUAUGCCGAGUGAGGACCAAGACCGAAGCUCGCAUCCACUACAAUUCAGCGCAAAUACGGGUGAUCAAUGCCAUGCAGGAACAUCUUCGGCAGAGGGUGAUUCUUUGGCUGCGAACCGCUGUUGUCACACGCUACAAACAGUAUGCCGUACUCCCUGUUAAGCGCACCAUCACUUCAUCCACCAACACCUGGGAUCGCUCAAUGAAACCAGCAAACGUUGUAUACCGUAGGAUAUUGCGACUUUGGAUGCCCAAUUUGACAACGAAGCAUGUGAUCGAAGGGUCGGACGAGUCUCUCCUUGCAUCUAUGCAUACGCUGACCGAUAUCGUGGUUCCCCCUUACAUACUUUGCACUCGCAACACCACGCCAAGCGGUCAUAUUCAUCUAAACUUCAAUGUCAUCUCCGCCAUCCGGGCCUAUUCAGAUAUCAUCAAGGGCGGCUUUCUUGCCACAGGCGGCUCAUGCCUCUUCAUCCAUCUGGCUGGGUCGUCUGGCGCUGAACCUGGACCACCUAUGACAAAGGCAGUAACUGGGCUUGGCGAAGAACGCCUCCAAUUUCGGCGACGCGAAUCGGUUUCUCCGCAAUCUUCGGAUUCUGAUCCCUUUGUGGCUUCUCUAACAAUGACAGAUGUCGCGCUCAGUUCUACUGGCACAUGCUUUGUGUCUUCUGCGUGA